AUCGCGCCUCUCCUCCCGCCUCCCGUCGUGCCCCGCGCGUGCCUGAAUGGGGCAGAUACAAGAUGGCGGCGAACGCGAACCCUGCCGGUGGCGGAGGCCUGUCGCUGUUCGAGUGCCCCAGCUGGGCAGGGAAGCCACCACCUGGCUUACAUCUGGAUGUGGUCAAAGGAGACAAACUCAUUGAGAAACUCAUCAUUGAUGAGAAGAAAUACUAUCUCUUUGGGAGAAAUCCUGAUCUGUGCGAUUUUACUAUUGACCACCAGUCUUGCUCUCGGGUCCAUGCUGCCUUGGUCUAUCACAAGCAUCUCAAGAGGGUUUUCCUCAUAGAUCUAAACAGCACACACGGCACAUUCUUGGGUCAUAUCCGUUUGGAACCUCACAAACCCCAACAGAUACCCAUUGACUCCACGGUUUCAUUUGGUGCUUCUACACGGGCAUACACGCUGCGGGAGAAGCCUCAGACGCUUCCAUCGGCGGUUAAGGGAGAAGAGAAAAUGGGCAGUGAAGAUGAAGAGCUCAAGGGCUUGCUGGGGCUGCCAGAGGAGGAGACAGAACUUGAUAACCUGACAGAGUUUAACACAGCCCACAACAAAAGAAUUUCCACGCUAACCAUUGAGGAAGGGAACUUGGAUAUUCAGAGACCAAAGAGAAAACGGAAGAACUCCAGAGUGACAUUCAGUGAUGAAGAUGAAAUCAUCAAUCCGGAGGAUGUGGACCCUUCUGUUGGACGUUUCAGGAACAUGGUGCAGACAGCAGUAGUCCCGGUUAAGAAGAAGCGGUUGGAGAAUGCAGGCUCCCUGACCACGGAUGAUUCUGCAUCACGACGGAUGCAAAACUUCCCCUACAGCGGAGGAUUGUAUGGGGGUCUACCUCCAACCCACAAUGAGGCAGGGUCCCAGUCGCACAGUGGCCAUGGGACAGCACUCAUUGGUGGCCUGCCAAUGCCCUACCCCAAUCUCGCCCCAGAUGUGGACUUGACUCCUGUUGUGCCCUCAACAGUCAACAUGAACCCAGCUCCAAACCCUGCUGUCUUUAAUCCUGAAGCUGUGAAUGAACCCAAGAAGAAGAAAUAUGCAAAGGAGGCAUGGCCAGGCAAGAAGCCAACCCCUUCCCUGCUGAUCUGAGCUGGAGUUUGUGGAGUGAGGGUGGGAGUCACGAACUCCAGAAACUGUUGAUGUGCAGUAUCGUCUUUUUAAGAUUACAGUGUCCUAACCAGGUGAAAUACCAAGAUUGAAGAAGUGAAACAUCCUUUAAAGAUCUGUCUUCAAAUGUUUUUAUAUGUCUGUUAAAGGAAAAAUAAGAAUUACAGCUCCCAUCUCCUUUUGAACCAAAAUAUCUGGCAGCCUUUUCUUAGCCAUUACUGUCCCCAGAGGUCUUGAACUCCCAGUUUUGAUCCAGAGGUUGAAGUGGCAGCAUCACACAACUUAAUUCUCAUUUAUGGCAUGACCCUGCAAAUCCAUGUUUGGAGGUGGUGUGCUCACUACAAGUCAUGUUGUUGCCACUGGACUUGCAUGUAGCAGGUCAGCUCUAGCAGAAGUGAAUGGUUGUGGGGCCAAGCCUUUCAAAAUCUCAUUAAUAAGAGUUCCAAAACUUGCAAACUAUAGGUCAGCUUUUUUGUACGUUUUCCAGACCCACCAAUGUGUGGGACAUUGUUGGGGUUUUUUUGUAUUACUUUAGUUUGGCUACAGCUUUGGGGUUUUUUCCACCUCAAACACUACAGCAUCCCAUUAGUUCAUGAGGACAUGGAGUUAAUGGACAAAAAGAGAUGGGUUUCCCAAGUUGUGGCCCAGUAUUGUUGUUUGGAGUAUUGUUUGGAGGACUAAAGGGGUGCACAUGUGGGUGGAUGGGAGCUUACGUUGGUGCUACCGAGCAUGGGAAGCCUCAAAGCAUUUGAAAGGUGGGUAAACACUGACUAUAAAUAACUAAGUCAGGUUGAUCUCACCCAUCUGAUCACUUAGGGUGGAGUUAACACAGAGGAAACCAGUUUCCUUUAAACUUGGUGGCUCUUUUAACCUAGAUCCAUUUGUGUUUGCAAAUGGAAGUUGGGAGCUUAGAGCAUGUGUGAGAUGCAGCAAGAGGCACACAAAAGUGAGCAGCCAUCAGCAUGUUUAACAACUAAAACCACAAUCUGCUGGUUUGGCCACUAGUAACAAGGGAUGAGAACACAGUGCUACUUAGAGCUAGAGUAUCAGUUCUGAGUAGAGAAUCUGCCUCACCUUGAACAGAGCAGUGCACAAGUUUGUUUCAUCAUAUUAACAGGUUUUUGACUAGUUCACUUUGUCCUGUUGAAUAAAAUAAGCUUGAUUUGGAUCGUUGUUCUGGCACUUCAGAUCCUCAAGUUUAGAUUUCACCACCUGAUUCACACGUAUUCAGACACAGUAUCUCUUUAUAUCAGGUAAGGCCAGAGUUCUGUUUUGCCUGGCUUUUUUUCACAUUGGAUAAUGCAGUUCAGCUUUGUGGUGACAUUCCUCUGUUGUUUGGGGAUUUCUCCAGGAGAUGUGCACCACAAUGACAGAGUGUGCCCAGCUCUUCAUUCCAUACAGUACUGUGGCUACCUGGCCAAGUUGAGGUGUGCACAUCUGGUGGUUGCUGGAGCAGCGUGACAGUGCCUCUGGUGUGCUGCGUGCAUGGGACCUGGUUUGGACACUUGCUCCAAAAUCAGUGUGACUUCUGCAUCUGCAGAGUGAUUGCUAUCAUGUUCCUGAGCUAAAAAUGAGCUGGGAGCUACCCCAUUCCCAAGAGGGAUGGCUUUAGAGACUGGUUUGUCCCCUUCCCUGCACCAUCUAGCUCAGGCUGUUAGAAGGGUGAACACAGGACCUGUCAGACAUUCUGCUUUCAGACACUCCACGUGGACUCUGAGAAUCUUUCUCCCUUUAGGUUUGCUUCUUCCUGGUACGUAGAAUUGUCUUUUUCCAGCCAGCCUGCUUUAUGAAGGCAACUCUUUAGGGUAAGAUUUAGUUAGGGCAAGUGAAAGUUGAGCAGGUUUUCUUGUUUUAUUUGGGGUUUUCAUUUUUGAUGGGUGUUUUUUGUUCUUUGCAAGGUUUUUCUUGAAAAGGGAAGCUUUACUGCUCAUUGCUUUUCAAGCUCCUCCCUGGGUUUGAACAAGCUCUCAUUAUUGUAGAGCUUAGGGGACACAGCUGGUACAGGAGGGGAUGAUGUAACAUCUAGGGGCUUUGUACAGACGUUUGUACACUUGUGUAAUAUGUAAUAGGCCUUUUCACACUUUCUGUUGAGCUUUUUACCUGUAACCUUUACUAUGUUGUAAAUUAAAUGCAGAUUUUGCCAGC